UCAACGUAGGAUCUUUACCCCUUCCUCCAACCUUCGGCAACAAAUACUGUGACCCUACUUCCAGCUGCACAAGGACAUGGAGAGGUCCCAGCACACACUGUACUUUGGCACCCAGGCCCGCCUGUUUAACAUCGCCACGUUCCAAGACCCGGACGUGAAGCGCAUGCUGAGUAACCUGCAGAACAUAGGCAAGGCGGCCCUGCCCAAGGACAAGCUCCAGGAGGUGACGGCCGGAGCCCCCAGGUCUCCAGGCACAUGCUCCUUACCCUGGGGGUUGGAGGGCUGCUGGGUGGGGAGCCAUAGUGUCUGGGGCAGGAAGGAGGUUGGUGGGCAGGGGCAGAGCUUCCUCUCGGGGAGGAGGGAAGCAGAGGCUGGUGGGAAGUUGCCUCAGCCAGGCCUGCCCACUCCAGGCUGGUAGGGCUAGCUCUGGGGGUGGGCCCACAGUCACGGGCCUACCGUAGGUGACACCUGUUCCCCCAGUACAACCAGAUUCUGGCCUACAUGGAGACCAUAUACAGCAUGGGCCAGGUGUGCCUGAAUGAAGGGCCCUGCCUGUCCCUGGAGCCCGACCUCGAAGAAGUCAUGGCCACCUCCCGGGACCAAAAGGAGUUGCUGUGGGCCUGGCAGGGCUGGAGGGAUGCUGUUGGUCGCCAGCUCCGCACCACCUUUGAGCGCUAUGUGCAGCUCAGCAACAAGGCCGCAAAGCUCAACGGUUACAAAGACAUGGGGGCCUUGUGGCGGUCCACAUAUGAGUCCAACAUGCUGGAGGAAGACCUGGAGAAGCUCUACCAGGAGCUGCAGCCGCUCUACCUGAACCUACACUCCUACGUGCGCCGGGCCCUGCACCGCUUCUACGGGCCCGAGCUCAUCGACCUGAGGGGGCCCAUCCCUGCCCACGUCCUGGGGAAUAUGUGGGCUCAGUCCUGGGUCAACAUCUUAGACCUGGUCCUCCCUUUCCCAGAGAAGCCCCCUGAGGACAUCACAAAGAUCAUG